CUUAAAUCUUUAGAUCAUCUCGUGUUUACGCUACUCCUGCUAUGUAUUGCUUGUUCGCCCGUAUAAGUUUUAAAUUAGAAUCUCAGUAUCUCACCCGUCAUCAGAAGAUACUGGAAAAUUAACUCGGCAAAAUGUCAGCUCCCUCUGAUUCCGUCUUUGCCCAUGUUGUUCGUGCUCCUGAAGAUCCAAUCCUCGGGGUCACUGUCGCUUACAACAAUGAUCCUAGCCCAGUCAAGUUGAAUUUGGGCGUUGGCGCUUAUCGUACAGAGGAAGGCAAGCCCCUUGUUCUUAACGUGGUGAGACGGGCUGAGGAAAUGCUUGUAAACGAUCGGUCUCGUGUCAAAGAAUAUCUACCCAUUACUGGACUGCCAGAUUUUAACAAACUGAGUGCAAAGCUAAUAUUUGGAGCUGAUAGCAAUGCCAUUCUAGAGAAUAGGGUGACUACAGUCCAAUGCUUGUCUGGAACUGGUUCAUUGAGGGUUGGUGCAGAGUUUUUGGCUAAGCAUUAUGAUCAGCAUAGUAUAUGUAUUCCACUGCCAACAUGGGGAAAUCAUCCAAAGGUUUUCACAUUAGCUGGAUUGUCCGUAAAAACCUACCGCUACUAUGACCCACAAACUCGGGGAUUGGAUUUUCAGGGAAUGUUAGAUGAUCUCAGUGCUGCCCCAAAGGGAGCAAUAGUCCUCCUCCAUGCUUGUGCUCAUAAUCCUACUGGGGUAGACCCAACUGCUGGGCAAUGGGAGAGCAUCAGACAGUUGAUACGAUCCAAAGGGUUGUUACCUUUCUUUGACAGCGCUUAUCAGGGUUUUGCUAGUGGCAGUCUUGAUACAGAUGCACAAGCUGUUCGGCUUUUUGUUGCUGAUGGAGGUGAAUGUCUUGUGGCUCAGAGUUAUGCAAAAAACAUGGGACUGUAUGGGGAACGUGUUGGUGCUCUUAGCAUUGUUUGCACAAACGGAGAUGUGGCCAGCAGGGUUGAAAGCCAAUUAAAGCUAGUCAUCAGGCCUAUGUACUCAAACCCGCCUAUUCAUGGUGUAUCCAUUGUUGCUACCAUACUCAAGGACAGACAAUUGUUUGAGGAAUGGACCCGUGAACUUAAAGCAAUGGCUGAUCGAAUAAUCAGCAUGCGUCAGCAACUCUUUGCUGCUUUACAAGCUAAAGGCACACCAGGUGACUGGAGCCAUAUUAUCAAACAAAUUGGAAUGUUUACUUUCACAGGAUUAAAUGCUGAUCAAGUUGCAUUUAUGACCAAAGAGUUUCACAUCUACAUGACUUCGGAUGGGAGAAUUAGCAUGGCCGGCCUCAGUUCUCAAAAAGUUCCUCAUCUUGCUGAUGCAAUACAUGCGGCCGUUGCCAAAUCAACCUAAACCAGAAGCUUACGUGCAAGAAGUGUUUUGUUUUGUGCUUGGCUUUUUCCAUGUAUUCUCUGGCUGUUACUUGCGGAUGCAGAAGUUAAUAAAGAAAUCAAACCAAUCAAUAUAUAUAUAUAUAUAUAUAUAUAUAUAUAUAUAUAGGAGGAACUUUUUAAGAGCUUACAAAGCGUCAUAUAAUCCUGCCAUGUCAUUAUAUAUAACAAUUAUUUAGUUAUUUUUAUACCUUUUAUUUUUAUUAGAUUCUAUUAUUGAUUGCAUGUUAAUAUGGAAACAAAAGAUCGUAGGUAUCCACCUUAUUUAAUUGA